CCACGAGGCUCCAGUGUUGACAGACAGGCAGCCUACGGGCACGCAUUGCUCGCUCCGGCUAAGCUAACAAAGUUGAGCCCCCACCCGCUUUUCUCCUUCUUUCGACGCUUCCGGGAGAAGUGGCAAUUAGAACCCUCUCCCUCCCCGCUUGGAAGCGUCGGCAGCUCGCGAAGUCUUGAAGCGGACGUGCGGCAAUUCCGCAUUUAACACGGAGCUAGCCGAACCGGAGCGACCCGCCUUCUCUUCAUUUGUCAACAAAGGGGUUUGACAUGCCCGCGGAAGCCCUUCCCCCCACACGGGCACCUUAAAAGGAUGAUUUGCAAACAAGCGAGCCGUGGCUAACAUUCUCGCUUCCCCGUCGCGUUCAUAUGCUGCGUUGACUUCCCCUUCCGUUGCCGAGCUAGCAUGGCGGAGCGUGCGCCCAAGCGGCUCUGCUGUAGGCCGGGCCACGGCUCGACGUGUCGGCCAGGCCAGCGAGCCGGAGCCGGGGCUUCGUCGACGGGCAGCACGCAGAUCCCAGAGUCGCUGCUGGACAUCGCGGCGAGGCGGGUGGCGGAAAAGUGGCCUUUCCAGCGGGUUGAGGAACGUUUCGAGCGGAUUCCGGAGCCCGUACAGCGACGGAUCGUGUACUGGUCGUUCCCGAGGAGCGAGCGAGAGAUCUGCAUGUAUUCGUCGUUCGGAAGCGGGGCGGACGAGAGCGGCGACGAGAGUCGGCUGCCCUUUCGCCGCGGUGUCGCCCUCCUGGAGGGCGGCUGCGUGGACAACGUCCUGCAAGUGGGCUUCCACUUGAGCGGCACGGUCCGCGAGCCGGCCACGCCCUCGGAGCCGGAGCUGCUGUGCAACGUGAGCGUGAGCUUCGACCGCUGCAAGAUCACGGCGGUGACGUGCGGUUGCGGCAACAAGGACAUUUUCUACUGCGCCCACGUGGUGGCGCUGUCGCUGUACCGCGUGCGCAGCCCCGAGCAGGUCAAGCUGCGGCUGCCCAUCUCUGAGACGCUGUUCCAGAUGAACCGUGACCAGCUGCAGAAGCUGGUCCAGUACCUGAUCACGGUGCACCACACCGAGGUGCUGCCCACCGCGCAGAAGCUGGCCGACGAGAUCCUGUCGCAGAACUCGGAGAUCAACCAAGUGCACGGUGCUCCCGACCCGACGGCCGGGGCCAGCGUGGAUGACGACAACUGCUGGCAUCUGAACGAGGAGCAAGUCGAGGCGCAGGUGAAGCACUUCCUGUCUCAGAGCAGCCCCCACGGCUCCGGCAAGCAGCUCAACCUCCUCUUCAGCAAGGUGAAAGAGAUGCUGAAGAUGCGGGACUCCAACGGCGCCCGCAUGCUGUCGCUGAUCACCGAGCAGUUCAUGGGGGACCCCCGUCUGGUGAUGUGGCGUCAACAAGGGACCGCCAUGAUCGAAAAUUACAGGCAGCUCUGGGAUGAACUCGGGGCGCUGUGGAUGUGCAUCGUUCUCAACCCGAACUGCAAAGCCGACCAGAAGUCGCGAUGGCUGAGGCAGCUCCGCCGCUGGAACGGCAUGGACGUGUGCCCCCUGGAGGAUGGAAACCAGGGCAGCAGCCAGAUCAGCAACGCCGUACCACGAGGACACAACGCCAACCCUGACUCAUCUCAGCGCACGGUGUUCACGCGGGCCAUCGAGGCCUGCGACCUCCACUGGAGGGACCCCCACCUGCAGCGCAUCCUCGCCGAGGACCGUAAUGCCGAUCCCUGUUGCCAUGACAACCCGGAACUCUUCAACAGCCGGGGCUGGCCCCUGUGGCGUGAGCACGUCCCCACGGCGUGCGCCCGCGUGGAUGCUCUGCGUUCUCACGGGCACAUUAAGGAGGCGCUCCGGCUUGCCGUGGCCGUGGUCAACACGAUACGGAGGCAGCAGCACCGGGACUUCCACUUCUUCCGCAAUAUCAAGAAAGAUGAGCUCCACAAGGGCAUGAUGUCCGUCACCAAUCUGGAGGGCUGGGUGGGACACCCCCUGGACCCGGUGGGGACCCUCUUCAGCACCCUCACGGAAAAUGAGACGGAGGCGGUCCUGGACGAGGGUGAGACGCCGAAGGCGCUGGCGGUGGAGGUGGCGCUGAUCGGACUCGGGCAGCAGCGGGUCAUGCCCGACGGGCUCUACGCGCAGGAGAAGGUAUGCCACAACGAGGAGCAGCUGCUGGCCAAGCUGCAGCAGCUGGAGCUGGACGACGUGCUGGUCGACGUCUUCCGCAAGCAAACGGCCAUCUUGCUGGAGGCUGGUCCUUACAGCGGUCUAGGCGAGUUGCUCUACAGAGAGAGCGUCCCCAUGCACACUUUUGCCAAGUAUCUCUUCACCUCGCUGCUACCUCACGACGCCGAGCUGGCCUACAAGAUUGCACUGAGGGCCAUGAGGCUGCCGGUCCUGGAGUCGAGCAUGGCGUCCGGCGACCUGUCCCGCUCGCAACGCUUGGUGCCUGUGGUGGCCAGUCGUUACCCUCGCUGGUUCACGCUCAGCCACAUCGAGUCCCAACAGUGCGAAUUGGCGUCCACCAUGCUCACUGCUGCCAAAGGCGACGCCGACAAGCUGCAAACGGUGUUGGAGUCCAUCCAGAAGAACAUCCACUCCUCGUCGCACAUCUUCAAGCUGGCCCAGGACGCCUUCAAAAUCGCCACCGGGAUGGACAGCCUGCCUGACCUGACGCUGCUCAAGGUGGCUUUGGAGCUGGGCCUCCAGGUGAUGAGGAUGACGCUGUCCACCCAUACCUGGCGGAGGCGAGAGAUGGUGCGCUGGCUGGUCACGUGUGCCAUCGAAGUCGGCGUGUUUGCGCUGGACAGCAUCAUGCAGAAGUGGUUCACGCUCUUCACGCCCACCGAGGCAACCAGCGUGGUGGCGACUAGCGUUAUGUCCAACGGCACCAUCGCGCGCCUUCACGUGGACUCACGGCAGCAGGAGAACUUGGCCAACUCGGCGCGCACCCUGGCCCUGCAGUGCGCCGCCAAGGACCCGGAAAACUGCGCGCUGUCGGCCCUGACGCUGUGCGAGAAGGACCACGUGGCUUUCGAGACGGCUUAUCAGAUCGUGCUGGACGCCGCCUCCACGGGGAUGAGCUACACGCAGCUCUUCACCAUUGCCCGCUACAUGGAGCACCGCGGCUACCCCAUGAGGGCGUACAAGCUGGCCACCUUGGCCAUGACGCACCUGAACCUGAGCUACAACCAGGACACGCACCCGGCCAUCAACAACGUCCUGUGGGCGUGCGCCCUGAGCCACUCGCUGGGUAAGAGCGAGCUGGCCGCCGUCAUCCCCCUGGUGGUGAAGGGCGUCAAGUGCGCCACCGUGCUGUCGGACAUCCUGCGGCGGUGCACGCUGACCUCGCCCGGUAUGGUGGCGCUGCACAGUCGCAGGAACGCGGCCAAGAUGAUGUCGCUGGACAAGGCGCCGCUGCGCCAUCUGCUGGACGCCACCAUCGGCGCCUACAUCAACGCCACGCAUUCGCGCCUCACGCACAUCAGCCCGCGGCACUACGGCGAGUUCAUCGAGUUCCUCAGCAAGGCGCGCGAGACCUUCCUCAUGGUGCACGACGGCCACGUGCAGUUUGCGCAGUUUCUCGAGAACCUCAAGCAAAUCUACAAGGGCAAAAAGAAACUCAUGAUGCUCGUGCGAGAGCGCUUCGGCUGAAAGAGGAGCGAGAGAAAAAAAAAAAAAAGACUAGACACCACUUUUACUUGAGUUUUAUCCUGCAACUUGAAGCGAACCUAAAGUCUUACAGAGUGUUUGAAGAGUUUAAGCGAACGGGCCAAGAUGUGAAUGCAAAAGAUUGCAGCAAACCCGCCACCUUUGAGACCCGCCCCGUCCAAAAGAGGAAAAUCCGCAUUGCUUCCAAAUCCGUGACACGGCGGACCCCCAAGCGUGGCAAAGCCGGCCGGGUUCUCUGCUCUUGGGUGCGACUGCGAGACUGUGUUGCCUUUUUUUGUACGAAUGAGAGUCUUAACACUGCACACAAAACGUCAACAACCACCUCGCCCUCCCUCCCUCCCUCCCUCCGCCAACAGCCUCAAAGACAAGAUGAGCGGCUUUGAACCAAAUGGAGCGACCAGUUAGCGCCUCUUCGUUCAGGUUCUCACAUGGUACCCCAGUUCUGUCCCAGUUUCGGGAAAACCACUCGCUUGUUGGAUGUUACGCUUCUCAGGGAUGUCUCUUGGGGGAAAAUCCAAACACGGACAAAAAAAAAAGCAUUUUAAUGUAAAUACGAAUUGUUAAGUUAUGAGAGAAGAGUCUAUGGGAGGCGCAAUACUUGAAGCUGCAGUACUUUUAACACACGAAAAACAUAUCAAGAGGACUUGACAGGAAAGCGAGCGAAUAGAAAAAAAACGACAAAACUUCUUCCGUUCCACGUCCAAACUUUCCCGGGAGAAAUAUUUCUCUCCUGCAGCCGUUUUUCUUGCCUUGUCAUCUUAACGCUUUAAAACAACAUGGAAAGCUGUUUGAGUAUUUAUUCCAUUUCCGUUGUAUCCAGCUCAAGGUCCAUCUUCCAGUACAGUCUGCCCUCACUGGUAGAGGACCACUUUGGCUUGCUGGUGGAACAAGGAAUAAAUUCUCACAACUGCUCUCCACACAACCAAACUGUGUCUUUAAUGUUUUGAUUCGUUUUGUUUGCUUCAUUUUGGCUGUCCUCAGAUCCUGUUAUUUAUUACACUAGAUUUAAAAACGUGUUCUUGAAACUGAUGUUUAAUACACUGAUUUAUUGAUGUAAAUGCUUGUUUUACAAAUUCGUUCAAAGAAAUAUUUGCUUUUUGGAAUAAAUUUUUGUUUUUUGGUUGCAGAA